GCGGGAUCACAGUGCAUAAUGUAAUCACGAGUUGAUUUUGGUUAUUUCCAAAGCAGAUUUAUAACAUUUUCCGUGUACUUCCUCAGGAUACAGCAAACCCUGCCAUAAAUAUCAACGUGCGAUCGUGAAUCCUUCUGUUUUAGGAUCAAAACCUAUACGUAAACCAGUGAAUUUAUAAACACAUAGAAGAAUGCCGAAACUCAAGAUAGCCACAAACAAGAUGCACACUUGGCCGCACUUUGCCAGCCACACACAAUCCUCCUUGAUGAAGACACGAACGCCAAUGAAACUGAAGAAGUUGUCAUCGAUAAAGAAUGAAAAUGAAUCAAAGUCGCAAAAAAGCGUUGUUCCUAAAUCGAAAGGAAUCUACAAAAAACGAAGCAACAUCACAAAGCAGAGCAAAAGCAUGCAGAUGCUGGUAAUGAUCCUCAAACAAAAGGACCGCCAUUCGAACUUUUUUCUCCCUGGUGACGAGCUUACAGAGACAACCUGUCAGUUGGAGAAUUCGUUAAUUUCGUUUCAGGACAAUUUGAUCAAAGAUGUAUCUCACAAUCUCAAAAAUUGCAUUGCCAGUCCAGCUAAAUUAGCGACUCUUCGUAGCAAACGGACAAAAGUCAUGAAUGAGUUUGGAUCCUUUGCUGAAAAUUUGCAUGAUUCUUCUCAGGAUGGAACAAAUUGUGCAGGAAGAGAUAAUUCAGACGACACCUACGAUUCUGAAGCUUGUACAGUCAUAGAUGUUACAUGUAAGCUUCAGUUACAUUUGAGCGACGAAGAGGAUCCUACGGACUCGUGUAGUAAAGUUGAAGACCUCCAUCGCAGGACCGAAUGUGAGGAAAAACCUGACGACAUUUCAGAUAAAGAUUGCACCGAAAUACAAGUACAUCCGCAAGGUGUAAAUAUUCGCAAACACAUGCGAAAAACUUGGAUGUUAAGAAAAGCCAGGAUCCAAAAUGAGCACGUUAACGUUGAUCGCACUUGUGCUGAUUUACAAAAGUCCGAAACCACGCAACACGUUGGUACAGUUGUGAAUAACGAUGCAAUUAUCCAGAAGAGGGGUGAUCCUAAAAAAAAUCUCACUUUUUAUCAGCGAGGCUGGAGACCAGCUGGCGUCCUGAAAAAUUUUACGAAAAGCACAACGUCUUUGCAACCGAUGUCGCAGAAGUCAUCUCAAUCAACCGAAAACCCCAGUGCCUCGACGAAGAGCAAACAUUUGUCAACUGAAUGCAUUAAAUCCUUCAAUAGUGAGUCUACGAGGACAUCGGAAACUCAAUCCAAGAUGUUAAUGAAAGAAAAUAGAGACCCUCACGCGAAUCGCACAAAAAUGUUCGAUCAUCUCGCGGACAUAAAACAGCAGCAAAGGCUGCAAAGUGAAGGGAUGUUGCCAAAGAAGAAAUGGUCGAGGACCAAAAUCCCUUCAAAAGUUUUAGAUAGAUGCGAUGAUACAAAGCCGACCCUGGCAAAAUCGAAAUCGCGCCAUUGUCAAACGCGACCGAUCAUACUGGACAAAUCCUCGAAUAACAUCGAACAACAUCGUACCAAAUCCAACCUGACUUACAGCAAAUCGAAAACUUCAGAAAUAAUUCACACAUUGAGAAAAAUUAUUGAUAGCGUAAGAAAAAACGAUGACGCAGAGGAAAAUGUUAAGAAAAAUGAUGACAUCGAUCACGAGAAAAACGACAAUAACAAAAUCCAAAUGUCAUCAAAUAGCGACACUUUGCAAAAUGAUGAACUACAUUCUGCAAAAGAUAUAAACUUGGAUAGAGCAGAUAGAUCUUCUCGGAGAUCAAUAAGCACGCAAGUGAAAUUAGAUUCUCCUUCGUAUCACGAAAUUGACGCUGAAAAGGAUGAAGAUCUGAUGGAAAUUCUAAAUCUAACUCGAAUUAUUGCAACGCAAACAUUGCCAAGUCAUAUUAGAAAUGUAGUUGAUGUUGGAUGCAACACUCCUGCUAUCGUAUAUAAGGAUGUAGAAAUUUCCUGCGAUCUGAUAGGCUCCACAGACUUGACAGAAAUUGAAUCGACCAUGAUUGAAGAUAAAUCGAUGUCAAAUGUUCAUACGGAGUCUUCGUCUAUUAAACAUAUUAAAGUCAAUGUUGAAAAUGAAGAUAUUAACGAAAACAAGGAACUUCUGCUUAAUGAAUGCAAGGAGACAUUAAAUACGAGAUUAGAAAAUUGUGAUAGUAUAGAGAUUCCAGCAAACACGAUAAAUGAUGCUGCUGGAGAAAUAGAAAAGUUUAUACGUGAAGAAGUGUAUCGAAUUUUUUUAAAAUCGUUUAAAAAUUCUGAUAAAACGAACGUUGAUAUCAAUGAAAAACAAGAAUCUGCAAAAUGUUCCAGCAAUCACAAUGUAAGUAAUACUUCAAUAAACAAUCUGUUUUCAGAAAAAUCUCAAUCAUUCAUCUGUGAUUACGAUACAUCUUGCUCUUCUGAGGAUAUCAUGGAAUAUCUCGAAAAUAACAUCCAGCAAGAUGUGUUCAUGUCAGAAUCGAAAGUGGAAGAUCUAACGAGCGAUGUAAUUGCAACUUUUGAGCUUGCAGCAGACCGUGCGCGCAAUCUUCACGAAGCAGUUAUUAUAUAUCACAAAAAUUUAAUGUCAAAAGAAUCUGGGAAGCGAAAUGAAGAGAUGGUUGAAGAUUACGAAAUGUUAGAGUUCAGCGAUGAGCAAAAUUGUUCCGAGGGAUAUACUUCUAUAAGUCGUGAAAAUGAAAAUAAGAUAAGAUCCGAAUGCGAUGCGAUAUGUCAUUUCGCAAAUAAUGAAGAUUUCGACGGAUUUUCAACGUGCUCGUCGCGUGGCAGUAGUUACGAUCGAACAUGCAGAACCAAAUUUCUGAGAUCAUCGAAAGAUUGGGAUUAUUAUGUUGGGAUGGAACGAGAAGAAGAAAAUGCUAUUUUUUCAGGAAACGAGCAAACAAUAGCGAGAUCGAUCCUAAACAAACGCUCCAAUCUUGAAGAUGUCAAAUCGAUGAUGCAACUGGUGCAUCGCACUCAAGAGGAUUAUGCACUCGAACUGUUAGAAUCAGACAAAAGUGAUGAAAGUUUUAAAAUGGAACGAAUAAAAAAUGAUAAAAUUUUAGCACUUCCCCCGGUGACUAAAAAACCUUCUUUUAUAUCGCGCCAGUAUUUGCUUUCUUUUUUUUAUUGUAUUGUUUAUACUGUAGUGUUUUGGUAUUUGCAGUAUUCAUUCCGAUGUGACUCGAAGAAAUAAUUUUCCUGUAAUUUUCAUUAUAUAUUCAAACUCAGGGA